GUGCCGCCUGCGCCGGGCCCAGGACCAGCUCUGAGGGAGGACCCCGGCCGCGCGGGGCGGGCGGCAGCGGGCUCUUCGAGAGGCUGUGAUUUCGUGUGGGUGCUGCGUGCUGGGUGCUUGGGACGCAUGUGCGGGACGCGUGUGAGCGGCGGGCACAGGCCUGGGCCGGCUGCGGCAGGGCGGGGGAGGGCGGGGAGAGCAGCCUCGAGGCCGGGGUUCGGUGACUCGAGUCAGGAGAAUCAGAGCGGCCCGGCCUGGGCCGCAGAUGGGGCCCGCAGGGCGGGGAGGGGAAUCUGGGCCGCGGCCAGGGCCGGGCCUGGAAUUUAUAAACAGCUGCGCAGGGGGAGCAGCGGGGUGAAUUCCAGCGGGGCCUCGGGGGAGCCGCCCCACCCGCCGCCCACGGCUAGGCCUGUGCCCCGCCAACGGCGGCACCAGCGUCGGCCCCCAGGAUCUCCCCGCACCCGGCACCUGCCCACCCCCCUCCCAGCCUUGCAGGCCCGGAACCAGGGCAAAGGAGGCGGCAGUGUGGGGCAGAGGGGACCCAGGGAGGCCAGGGCGGGGCGGGGACGCCCAGGGUUCCGUGUCCCUGGCCCCCGUCCAGUGGCACAGCCGCAGCGGGAGAGGCAGGAGGCAGCUGUGGGAGCCGUGGGAGCUGGGCUGAGGACACGCUGCCAGCCAGAGAGGAAUUCCUGGGGCUCCCGCCCUGGGCCGGCGGGGGACAGCCAGGGAGCCUGUCCCCAAGUCCCUGCCAGGGCUGCGGGGAGUGGAGAACGAGGUCUCCUUCCCUGGCUGGGGGGAACAGGAAGAGGAGGCCCGGGGUUGAGCCACGCUGUGUAGCCCAGGCCGGCCUUGAAC